GCUGGGCGCGGGGUGGCGUGGGGAGCCGCGGGGCCCCCGGCGGAGGCCGCGCGCGCCGGGAGGCGGGCGGGGGCGCGGGUGGAGGCCGCGGCUAGGAGGCUCAGGCUGCGCCGCGGGCCGGCGCGGGAGAGGCAGCCACCAUGUUCAGCUUGCAGCAGCAGCAGCAGCAGCUGCAGCAGCAGCAACUCUUGCAACUCCAGCAGCUGCUCCAGCAGUCCCCGCCGCAGGCCCCGCUGCCUGUGGCUGUGAGCCGCGGCUUCCCCCAGCAGCAGCCCCAGCAGCAGCAGCUCCUGAACCUCCAGACCACAUCCCUGCUCAAUGGCUCCAUGCUGCAAAGAGCUUUGCUUUUGCAGCAGUUGCAAGGACUGGACCAGUUUGCAAUGCCACCAGCCACGUAUGACAGUGCCGGUCUCACCAUGCCCACAGCAACAAUGGGCAGCCUCCGCAGCUACAAUAUGGUGACCCCGAACCUGACAGCCCCCAGCAUCACCCCGCCCCAGCUGGGGCCUCCCAAUCUGCAGCAGUUCUUUCCCCAGGCCACUCGCCAGUCUCUGCUGGGCCCCCCUCCUGUUGGGGUCCCCAUGAACCCCUCGCAGUUCAACCUUUCAGGGAGAAACCCCCAGAAGCAGACCCGGACCUACUCCUCCACCACAGCCAAUCGCAAGGAUUCUUCUUCUCAGACGAUGCCCGUGGAAGAUGGGGCAGACCCCCAUGAGGGGUCUGAAGAAGCUGAAGAGCCCAGAACGGACACACCUGAAGGCCGAGACUCAUCCCCCUGCUCAGAUGGCACCUUGAGUGAGAAAUGCACUCCCACACCUGAGCCUGAACCUUGUGAGGUGACUGAGCCAUUGGCCAAGAGGCCGAGGAGUUCAGAGAUGCCCACAGAGAAGGGACCCCCAGGGCUAUCACAGGCGAAGGUGGAUCUUCAGGCCCGGAGGACAGUGCCCAAGCAGACCCAGACACCGGAACUGCUGCCCGAGUUGCCAGGAGCCCGAGUGCUGCCUGGGUUCCAGCCCCGGGUCCUGCAGAUCCAGGCUCAGGUGCAGCCUCAGACUCCACAGCAGAUGCCACCUGCAGACACUCAGGUGCCGCUGAAGGUGCAGAAGCAGGCACAAACACAGACCUCCCUAGAGCACCUAGUGCCACUGCAGAAGGAGACAGAGCCACAGAAGCAGGUGCCUGGCCGGGACCACCCGCCAAGGGGCCAGACUCGGGAGCAGCCCUUGGAGCAGCCUUCCUCCCAGGUGCCUGUGCAGCCACCGGACCAGACCCAAGGCCAGCCUGAGACCCAGCCACAAGGGUUGGUGCCCACCCCAGAGCGAGCACCAGUUCCUAUGGAUGCCACAGCGCCAGGGACACUGCCUAAUGUCACAGCAGAGCCUGGGGGAGGGAUGGAGGAGGCCUCACCAGAGCCGGUGGGGGCCCAGGUCAAGGUGGCAGUGAGCCAGGAGUCACCAGCUGGUGGUCUGCACACAGGAGAAUGUGAAAAAAGAGCGCGAGAGAUGCUUGGGAUGUGGGGUGCCGGGGGCUCCCUGAAGGUCACCAUCCUGCAGAGCAGUGACAGCCGGGCCUUUAACACCACACCCGUCGCGCCUGGGCCCCGUCCCAGCGACUCUUCCUCUGCCACCCCUGCAGCCGCCAGCACGCCUUCUAAGCAGGGCCUUCACUUCUUCUGCUACAUCUGCAAGGCCAGCUGUAGUAGCCAGCAGGAGUUCCAGAACCACAUGUCGGAGGCCCAGCACCUGCAGCGGCUUGUGGAACUCCAGCAUGUGAACCAAGCGUGCCUCCUGUCUCUGCUCCCCAUGCCCCGGGACACCCUGGAAAGAGAUGAGGAAGAGCCACCCCUGAGGCGCUGGUGCAACACCUGCCAGGUGUACUAUGUGGGGGACCUGAUCCAACACCGCAGGACACAGGACCACAAGGUUGCCAAACAGUCCUUGCGACCCUUCUGCACUAUUUGCAGCCGCUACUUCAAGACACCCCGCAAGUUUGUGGAGCAUGUGAAGUCCCAGGGGCACAAGGACAAAGCCAAGGAGCUGAAGACGCUUGAGAAGGAGAUGGCUGGCCAGGAUGAGGACCACUUCAUUACAGUGGAUGCUGUGGGCUGCUUUGAGGGUGAUGAAGAGGAGGAGGAGGAAGAAGAGGAGGAGGAGGAAGUCGAGGUUGAAGAAGAAUUGUGCAAGCAGGUAAGGUACAAAGAUGGCGAAAAAGAGGAGCUGAAGGGCUUGGAGACCUACAACCCCAGCACUGCGUGUGGUGUGGACUUCUUGGUGCCUGUGAUGGGCUACAUCUGCCGCAUCUGCCACAAGUUCUGCCACAGCAACUCCGGGGGGCGGCUUGCACACUGCAAGUCACUGGCUCACUUUGAGAACCUGCAGAAAUACAAAGCAGCAGAGAGCUCGCGCUCCCGGCCCGUGAGCCGCCAGUGCGCCAUCAACGCCCGCAACGCACUCACUGCGCUGUUCACCUCCGGAGGCAGCAAUGUUCGGCAGCCCCUGCAGUCCAACCCCCAGGACAAGGCUAAACCCUCCGGCAAGGGAACACAUCGGUCCUCGAACCCGCCGACCCUCCCUCGGCGCUCCAGCCGCCUUAAAACCUGAGCAAGGAGCUCCCUGAGCCUAGAGCUCUGGUCCAGAUUGGUUCUUUAGGAGUCUUGUGUGGACACAGAUGUGCUUGGUGUUUUUACUGGAAACCGAAUAAAAGGUAGUUUGGA